AUGAGUACUCAAGAUAAAGAAAUAGCUGAUGUUGAAGGGAGCAAAGAAGAUAGAAUCAGUGCUCUACCAAGAGACAUUAUACUUUAUAUCCUUAUGCGAUUGCCUACUGAAGAUGCAGCAAAAACUAGUAUUUUGUCCAAAAAUUGGAGAUAUAUUUGGACAAUGCUUCCGAAUUUGGUGCUGGAUAGCGGGUUUUGGGAUAAAUUGGCAGUAGAAUCUCCGUCUAUCUUCAAACAAACAGUAGAUGACAUUCUCUUGGUGCAUCUUGGAGACAUUGGGAGGUUUUAUCUACACAUUCCAACAACACCAUUGCCUUCACAUGCUGAUAUAGAUAGAUGGAUGCUUCAUGUCACCAGAAAUGGUGUGGAAUUCCUAUACCUUAACAUGCCGCGUAAUACUAUUUAUAAAGUGCCUUCUUCUGUAUUUAAUUGUCGAACCCUGACACAUUUGGAACUCUGCAACUGUGUCUUCAAACCACCAAAUUCUUUUCUUGGCUUUCAUAAUCUUACAAUCCUCUAUCUGGAAGAUGUAACCAUUGUGCCAACCACAGAUUUUUGUGUUAUCGAUGUCCCCCAUCUUUUCGUUUUGGAAUUAAAUAGUUGUGCUGGCACUCAAUACUUGAAGAUUAUUUCACCAAAGUUGGAGACGUUGGUUUUUCGUAACAGUCACUAUUUCGUGCUGAAUUGCUUUGUAAACUGCAAAAUAUUGAGAAUGUUACAACUUACAUUUAACAAAGAGGUUUCUAAUCUGGAACAUGAUCAAAGAUCAACUGUCGAAAAGCUUCUUUUUAGCUUGGCACCUACCAUUGAGAUACUUUAUUUGGAUUCAGUUGGGAUACUUUCGUUUUUACUUGAGCUUUUGAAUGCAGACACAUUUCCUAUGGGGCCUCCUUUUGCACUCAACUGCUUGUGGUAUCUAUCAUUAUUUGUAGACUUUGGUAAAUUGAGUGAGACUUCUCGCGCUCUACAGUUAAUUAAGAGUGCCCCCAAUUUGAGUAAACUUGAGAUUUUGCUCGACGGUACCAAUGAAAAUGAUGAAGAAGCUGUUUCGAAAUAUCUGAACUCACCAGCCUGCUUGGACCGACCACUCAACAAGCUCAAACACGUGGUCAUACAUUGGUUUGAGGGUGCAAAAACCGAACUGCUUUUCAUAAAGUUAUUGUUUGCUCGCACUCCAUUUUUGGAAAGGAUGAGCAUUAGGCAGGGGAGAGAAUUUGGUUCCAGGGAAGAAAGUAACAUUUUCACAGAGUUGAUAUGUUUUCCCAAAGCAUCUCCCAAGGCUGAGCUUUAUCUUGAAUUGGAGAUGUUGCAAGAUUUAAAGAUUAGGGAGAUGUUGCAAGAUUCAAACAGGGUAUUACUGGCAGGUGUAUUGAUGGUGUUGACUCAUUUUGCCUCUUUAGACUUCCCUCUUCUUAUAGACACACUCACAGAUAAAAGUGCUUACGAGUCGAGUUAUGCCCAGUUGGUUUACAAUGUCUUAGAAAAGAAGACACCAUGUACUAGGUAUUUCUUCUCAUCUGUGCAAGCCUUGGUGAAUAAAGUUACCCGGUACUUGUGCUGGUGGGAGGUAGCAAGUACCCCGUGGAAUGAGUCGAGGUGCACGCAAGUUGGCCCGGAAGCUCUGUUUUCUCUAUCAAGAUUGUGCAACUAUCAAAUGCAGAUUGAAAGUACCUUUUUGGAAUUGGAUUUAGCUGAUCAAUCUUCUCUUGAAGAUGUAACACUGUCCUUGACACAUCUAGUAGUGUAA